ACGAGGUCGUGGGUAGUCUCUCAGAAGACCCGGACUGCCUGCAAAUCGACUCCAUCUGAAACUGAGACCAGCAUCAGUUCAGCUGCUUCGAAGAAAUCAAGCCAUGGCUGUUACCGGCUGCUCUCAGUGCAUCAAAUAUAUGCUCUUCUUCUUAAACUUCAUUUUCUGGCUGGCUGGUGGAGUUAUUUUGGGUGUAGCUUUAUGGCUUCGCCAUGACAGUCAAACCAGCCACCUCCUAAUGCAGCAGUUUGAGGGGAAUCAAGCACCAGGAACCUUUCAUAUCAGUGUGUAUGUUCUCAUAGCGAUUGGGGCUGUAAUGAUGUUUGUGGGGUUCCUUGGUUGUUAUGGAGCUAUUCAAGAAUCUCAGUGUCUCUUAGGAACGUUCUUCACAUGUUUAGUGAUCCUCUUCGCCUGUGAGGUGGCAGCAGGACUAUGGGGCUUUAUUAACAGGGACACGAUCUCUACGGAGCUCAUUAACUUCUAUGAUGCUGCAUACAUUAAAGCUGUGGAUCCUGUGGACUCACCAUCCAGACAGGCAGCUUCCAAAGUUCUGAUGGCAUUCCAUGACUCCCUGGAUUGCUGUGGUAAAGGGGAUGAAAAUCAACUUUUCACAGCUGUCCAGGCCUCUCUGUGCCCCAAAAAGAAAUUCCCACUUGACCAUCUCAACUCCCAGAGUUGCCACACGAAGCUAAGGGACCUGUUCACUGAGAAACUCCAUAUCAUUGGAUUGGCCGCCCUAGUGAUUGCUGUCAUUAUGGUUUUUGAGAUGAUCUUCACCAUGGUCCUCUGCUGUGCAAUCCGCAAUGCUCCUGCAUACUGAGUUGUUGGAUAAUGACCAGCCUGAUCAACAGUGUUUGAUUUUGGUAGUAAUGGGCACGAGGCCAUUUCACUUCUGCCUUUCCUCUCCUUUCAAGUUCAAGUGUCCACACACUGAACAUUGAUCCCUGUGUUUGUAGAGAGGACUUCCAAUGUGAGUACAUCAGAAUACAACACCAAGGGCUAUUAUAAAUAAACCAGUAACCAGUAUCAGGGAGGAGGAAGAAUGUGAUUGACAGUCAUAUGUAUAACUUUGCCUUCGUGUUUUAUUGUUUUACUUUUAUUUAAUCAUUUUAUUAAAUUUGUUCUUAUUGUCUAUUGUUACAUUUUUAGUAGUAGAAGUGCUUCAACACACUCUGUAAGCGUGUGCGUGCUUGUUUGUGAAUAAAUCAUUGUUAUGUUUAUAGAUAGAACGUUAACCUAUGAAUCCAUUAUGCAACAAGUCAAUUUGUUUCUUCUGAGAAUGCAUAUCAUACAUUAGACUUUACCAGCCCAUAAUGAUGAUGUCACGAUAAUCCAAUGAUUACCCACAAGAAAAAAAAAAAAACUUUAUUGAAUGAACCCGUGGUAUUUUUAUUUUGUGGACAUUCAGUUUAU